UCAAUCAAGUUUUUGAUUUGCAUUCAAAAACAAUAGGGACUAAAAUUCCAAUAAGAAACCAUUGUAAAGGUGUUAACCCUAUUUUAGAGAUUUCAUUUAUCGAACUUUUUUGAGGUUACGCAAAAAAGUGGCCCGUUUUCAAGACUAUCGAAGUGACAGAGAACAUUUCGCAGGGAGUUGCAUUUGCUAAAGACCUGCCAGCGAUUAACACGAUGGAUCCACUCCGCCGUAAUCCUCUUUUGGAAAUUACCAAAUGUGAGAUGUGCUCCAAUUUGGUAUACCAUUUUCCGACUGGAUUGUGUGCCCGCUGCUUAACUCUUUGGGCCGGAAAGAAACCAAUGGACGGACUGAGACUGACCGUGGACCAAUCGAAGGCUUUCCUUGUGAACAUUGCUCGCUGUUCGGAUGCCCAGGAUAAGAGCCAUAUGGACCCCACCUUUCAACGCGUGAUUGCCGAGGUGAGAUUGCAGCGCCAACAGAAACUUGAGCUGUUCCAGAAGAUUCGCCAGCAGUUACAGCUUUCCGUACUCACCGGUUCCUUCUAUGACAAAAAUCCAAAAUACGAAGUCAAUGAGGACUAUUGGAAUAUACCGGAUAUCGUCGAUGCAGACAUGCUGAUGUUUCAGAAAAAUAUUGACCUGCUUGCAGAUAUACCCACCAUUUCGUCAGAGAUCAAUGACGAAAAUAAAUACAAUAAGCGCGAAAAUAGAAAACGAAAUUUGUAGCUGCUAUCCACUUUUAAUACAAAAGAAAGUACAAAUAUUUCUGAGAAAUAUACAUAUAAAUGAUAACGUGAUAUAAUAAAGUAUUUAUACACCUUUUGGU